CUCUUUCGCUCAGGCACUGCCAGUCUGCCCAGGAGGCGGAGAUAUCUGUGGCUUAAGGAGAUACAGAAACUGCAGAAGAACACAGACCUCUUGCUGAGGAAGAAGCCUUUCAGCCUCGUUGUAAGAGAAAUCUGUGGGAAAUUCAGUCGUGGUGUGGAUUUAUUUUGGCAAGCCCAGGCCUUGUUGGCCCUUCAAGAGGCAGCAGAAGCGUUUCUAGUUCACCUCUUUGAGGACGCCUAUCUCCUCUCCUUACAUGCUGGCCGAGUCACUCUUUUCCCCAAGGAUAUACAGCUGACCAGGAGGAUCCGAGGCAUCGAGGGAGGACUCGGCUGAGCCGGCGGUGUCCAGACGAUACCUGGGACCUUCUGGAGGCUCAGCUAGUCCAGUGGUGUCUGAGGAGCUGCCUGGUUUGGCUGGUUUUGAGCAGCAUGUACACAUUAACCUUUAAACUUUCUAGAAGACAAGGCUGUGUGGCUUUCCCCUCUGACAGGAAG